CCUUCGUAAGCUAGAAAAGUUUCACAUGGACUUUCCCAUUGUAAAGACGUAAUCAUUUUUAUAACGUUAAGCAUUGUAAGCCAUACAAAAAGUUUCACAUGCUCUUUCCCAUUAUAAAGACGUAAUGAUUUUUAUAACGUUAAGCAUUGUAAGCCAUACAAAAAGUUAAACGUGUUCUUCUCUGUUGGACACUAUAAAUAGCAUUGUACGCCCAAGACCGAGUGUAUCCAUUUCUAAGCUUGAGGAAGAGUAUUAAGCUUUUGUUCGCCGAUGGCAAGUUUGAAAGGAAACAAGACGUGUUCUUCUUCUAUUCCAGAUAGGUCUCUCAAUCUCUGGGAUGACGAUUUUGUGCAAUCUAUGGAAACACCCUACGAGGGAUCUGAAUACCGCGAACGUGUGGAAACACUGGUGAAUGAAGUGAAAAUGUUGUUAAAAGAAAUGCAGACUCAAGAUUGUAGUCUCAUCAAGGGGCUUGAGAUGGUUGAGAUGGUUGAUGCAUUGCAAUGUCUUGGAAUAGAUCGAUAUUUUAAGGCUGAGAUAAAAGAGGCUCUUGAUUACGUUUAUCGAUGUUGGGAUGAAAGUGUGGGCUUAGGAUUACAAUGCGAAAGUAUUACCAGGAAUUUGAAUGCCACAGCUUUAGGACUCAGAUUACUUAGACUCCAUCAUUAUGAUGUCUGAGAUGUACUAGAGAAUUUCAAGGACAAAAAUGGCUAGUUCUUUUUCAGUGGAGAAAAUAAAGAUGAUGACGAGAAUAAAAAUGAAGAACAUGUUAUGAGAAGCUAGCUCAAUCUUUUAAGAUCUUCAAGUGUGGCAUUUACCGGUGAAACUAUUAUGGAAGAGGCUAAAUUGUUUAGCUUUGCAUAUCUUAAACAAAUAAUAGAGAAACCUGGCGAUACAUAUAAGAAAAGCUUUUUGAAAGAGGUAUUUUUUCUUUAAAAAGAAAUCCUUAAUGAUUCAAGGAAGCCAUUAAAGUAGAGGUGGGAAAAGAACAAAUCUAUGCAUUAACAUUUGUUGAUUCUUUUUUAUAUUUCAAAUUUGUAGGUUGAGUAUGCACUCUUAUAUGAAUGGUCUCGAACAUUCUCUAGAUGGGAGGCACGCAACUUUAUAGAAAUAUAUGAGUUGGA